UUCUCUCCGCCCCCCACCUCUGUGCCCCCCCCCCUCCGCUUCUCGCUGGCCUCGCCCCCGCUCCCCGCCGGGACAGGGGGGCGGUGCCGAGCCGAGCCGAGCCGAGCCGAGUCUUGCCGUGCUGAGUCUUGCCGUGCUGUUCUGGUCUGGCAGUGCCGAGCUGAGCCGAGCCGAGCCGUGCCGGAUCCGGCCAAGCCGUGCCGGGUCCGGCCGUGCCGAGCCGUGCCAGGAUGCUGCGGUACCUGCUGAAGACGCUGCUGCAGAUGAACCUGUUCGCGGACUCGCUGGCGUCCGAGAUGUCCAACUCCUCCGAGCUGCUGCUCGGCCUCAACGGCAGCAUCACCGCGCUCGACCUCCACAACCUCACCGCCGGCAACGGGUCCCACCCCCAGCUGGAGGACUCGGCACCCCGCAUCGUGGAGCACCCCUCAGACCUGCUGGUGUCCAAGGGUGAGCCGGCCACGCUGAGCUGCAAGGCAGAAGGACGCCCCCCGCCCACCAUCGAGUGGUACAAGGACGGUGAGCGGGUGGAGACGGACCAUGAAGACCCCCGCUCCCACCGCACGCUGCUGCCCAGCGGCUCUCUCUUCUUCCUCCGCAUCAUCCACGGCCGCCGUGGCAAACCUGACGAGGGCGUCUAUGUCUGUGUGGCCAGGAACUACCUGGGUGAAGCCACCAGCAGGAAUGCCUCACUGGAGGUGGCUGUGCUGCGGGAUGAUUUCCGGCAGCCCCCCGGGGAUGUGGUGGUGGCGGUGGGUGAGCCGGCCGUCCUUGAGUGCGUUCCACCCCGUGGUCACCCUGAGCCCACUGUCUCAUGGAAGAAGAACGGCGCCCUGCUCAAUGACAAGGAUCAGCGCAUCACGAUCCGUGGUGGGAAGCUGAUGAUGGCCACCACACACAAGAGCGAUGCUGGCAUCUACGUCUGCGUGGCCACCAACAUGGUGGGGGAGCGGGACAGCGAGCCGGCUGAGCUGGUGGUCUUCGAACGCCCCACAUUCAGCAAGUGGCCACUAAACCAAGCGGUCCUGGUGGAUGAGAUGGCUGAGUUCCCCUGUGAGGCACUGGGGGAUCCCCAGCCCACAGCCCGCUGGCGCAAGGAGGACGGUGAGCUGCCACCGGGAAGGUGGGAGCUGCUGGCUGACAACACCCUGAGGAUCAGCCGGGUGCGUGUGGAAGAUGAAGGCACCUACACCUGUGUGGCCGAGAACAGCGUGGGCAAGUCAGAGGCCUCAGGCACCCUCAUCGUGCGUGUGCCCCCCCAGCUUGUCACCUGGCCCCAUAACCAGAGCGUCCCCCCUGGCCACAGCGUGACCUUCCAGUGUGAGACCACAGGCAAUCCGCCACCAGCCGUGUUUUGGCAGAAGGAAGGCAGCCAGACGCUGCUGUUCCCGGGCCAGCCUCCCCAGCCAGCCAGCCGCUUUUCGGUAGCCCCCGGUGGUGCCAUGACCAUCGCUGCCGUCCAGCCGACCGACGCAGGCUAUUACCUGUGCCAGGCCAUCAGUGUGGCCGGUAGCGUCCUGGCCAAGGCACUGCUGGAGGUGGAGGCGGCACCCACUGAGCAUGGGCCACCUGUCAUCCACUGGGGCCCCGCCAACCACACGGUGCUGCCAGUGGGGGCCACGGUGUGGCUGCCCUGCUGGGUGGCCGGUGACCCCCAGCCCCACGUGGCGUGGCUGAAGGACGGCCGGGCCAUGCCGGGCCCCGAGACCCGCACCAGCCUGCUGGAGAAUGGCACCCUGCAGAUCAGCAGCCUGCGGGUGACAGACUCGGGGCAGUAUGAGUGUGUGGCCACCAGCUCAAUGGGUGAGACGCGUUGGAGUGGGACCCUGCAGGUGCAAGGUGAGUUGUGGGGAUGCUGUGGGACCAGGGAAGCCAUGGGACUGGGGAAGCAGCUGCCAUGGGUCUCAGCACCUCUCCUCACAGGUGAUGGAUCUGGACUUUCCCCACCACCCCCAGAGCCUGCCAUCCUCCCCCAGCCACCCUCCACCCCUCUGGUCACCAACGUCACUAAAAGCAGUGUUACCCUGAGCUGGAAAGGGAAUGAGCAAAGCAGUGGCACUACUGUCACCUAUGUUGUGGAAGCUUUCAGUGAGGCAGCAGGUGGCCCGUGGCAGACAGUGGCAGCCAACGUGGAGGGCGAGACACACACUGUGAGUGGCCUUGUCCCUGACACCGUCUACCUCUUCCUGGUGCGGGCAGUCAGUGCCCAUGGGCUCAGCGACCCCAGCGGAGUCUCAGAGCCCAUCCGCACCCAAGAUGCCAGCCCCACGCAGCCAGGCCUGAACCCUCAGCAGGUGCCAACGGAGCUUGCGCAAGUGGCCGUGCACCUGCAGGAGCCAGUGGUGCUGCCACCAGGUGCCGUCCGCCUCUCCUGGACUGUGGAGCCCCCAUCGCCCUUCGUGCAGGGCUACCAGGUGCUGUACCGGCGGCGUGGUGGGCGCUGGGAGGCACGGGACGUGCGGGCACCAGGCGAGCGGGGUGCCCUGCUCACUGGGCUGCGCCGCGGCCAGGACUACGAGGUGAAGGUGCGGCCCUACUUCCACCAUCUCCACGGUCCUGACAGUGCUGUGCGUGCCCUGCGCACCCCCGAGGCGGCCCCCAGUGCCCCACCACGGGCUGUCAGUGCAGUGGGGAAUGGCACCAGUGUCCGCAUCUCGUGGCAGCCGCCACCGCUGGCUGAGCAGAAUGGUGUCAUUCGUGACUAUCGGAUCUGGUGCCUGGGCAACGAGAGCCGAUUCCACAUCAACCAGAGUGUGGAGGGGACGGUGCUGGCAACGGUGCUGCAGGGGCUGGUGCCUGGUGUCCCCUAUCGUGCUGAGGUGGCAGCGGCCACCGGCGCGGGUGUGGGUGCUCGCAGUGCACCUGUCCCCAUCCAUAUUGCACCUCCUGUGGAGCGGGAAGCAGGGCCAGUAGGCCGGGGUGGUGUGGCUGAGCACUUGGCAGAGAUGGCGAGGAGGCCGGCCUUCAUCGCUGGCAUUGGCGGUGCCUGCUGGCUUGUCCUCGCUGGCUUUGGUGCCUGGCUCUAUGGCCGCCGCCGGAGGAGGAAGGAACUGAGCCACUUCACGGCCUCCUUCGCCUACGCGCCCACGGGUGCACCUAUGGGUGCUGCAGGGCCCUGCCGUGGCCCCACUGCACUCUCGGCCCAGCCUCCAUCUCUCUCUGCGCUCACCUUUCUGCACACCCCGGCUCCGGCGCGUGGCAGCCCCAGGGCUGCCGUUGGUGGUCACCCGUGGCUGGUGGACGCGUGGUGUGGUGGUGGCACCAGCAGCCUGGACACUGCUGAGAGAUACUACAACGAGGCUGGCAUCUCCCGCUACAUCGCCCAGACGGAGCCAUUUGGGGCGGGGGCCACCGAGGGACCCAUCUACAGCAGCAUCGAGGUGGGCAGCGAGGAGCUGCGCACCUUCCACCGUCCCUGCUCGCAGCACUGGCCUCGACCACUGGCCACCCUGUACGCCCACAUGGCCCCCGGCCGCCCCGAGCACGGGAAAAAACUGGGGAAAGCGGUGCAAACGCCCAUGCUGAGCUGGACGGAGCUGCUGCCCCCACCACCCUCAGCCAGCGAGCUCAGCCAGUACGCUGAGGAGGAAGAGGUGAAGAAGGAGGAAGAGGAAGAGGAGGAGGUGGUGGAGGAAGAAGAUGAGGAGGGCAGCUUGGGGCUGGAGGACCGGUGUCCCCUUGGGGAGGACGUCCUUCAGCCCGCCGCCUCCUCACCUGCCACCCCUGCCGGCUGCUGGUCCCCUGCCGUGCUGGCACCUGCACCCCGCGAGGACAUCUGCAGCCCCCACCGCUUCGACAGCCCCCGCCUGCCCCGGUAGGAGAUGCCACUUGCUCAGGCUGCCAGGCCCGCCUCACCCGAUGUCCUGUCCUCCCAUGGCCCAGACACAAGCGAGGGCCACAUGCCCCGAGCCCACCGCCCCCAUGGCACAGGGAAAACCCGCUCAGAGACCCUGAAGAGUCGCCCGAAGCCCAAAGGAAGCCGCUAUCGCCGGGAGCAGCAUCUAGGAGCAGACCUGCCGCCACCACCGCCACCACCGCUGCCGCCCCCAGGUGAGACCCCCAGCCAGGAGCCAAGCGGUGCUGAGCGCAAGGCUGCCCAUCGCCCACCCCGCCAGGGUGACAUCGUCCCCUACAGCAAGCCCUCCUUCCUGGCCCAUGGCUGCUCCACCACUGGCAGCGCCUCGUCCCGUGGCUCCACCAGCUCCCGUGGCCAUGGCUCAGGGCGCAGCCGCCACCCAGACCCGCUGUCACCCUGCCCGCCGCAUGAGGAGCGAUGAGGCAGCACGGGGACAGUGACACAGGGACAGGGAUGUUGGGGUAGAAAUGGGAUGCUGAUUAAUUUUGGUCUGAGAUGCAUAAAUAGGUGUGCACAGAGCCAGUGGGGUGGGCAGAAGCUUGAGGGAGGGACGAGGAUGCUCUGGGUGGGGACAAGGAUGCUGAGGAUGCCUGAGGAUGCUCGGAAGGGACAAGGAUGCUCAGGAGGGAUUAGGAGGUUUGGGACAGCCCAGGACAGUCGCAGGGGAUGAGGGUGCCCCAGAAGGACGAGGACCCUGAGGCCAAGGCUUGUUGGGAGGGACGAAGGGAGGAAGAGCAGGAGGGGCACCCGCUGCCCCAGUGCUGCCCAUCCUUUGCAUGUAGCUUUUUCUAGCGGAGAGCCCCUUUUGGGGGAAACAAUGAAUAAAGCUGGAUUUUAGCCAAGCCA